AGCAAUUAUUACUUACGUAUAGGGUCUGUGUAGGCCAAUAAACAAAGAUCACCUUGAACGCAUUUUUUUAUUCGGGAAGGAGACAAUUUAGUAGGUUUGCCAACUCAAUGCAUUCAUGUAUCUGAAUUCAUUUAUUUAAUGAAUGUCCAUUGUUUUCAGAUGUUAUUCGAUAUUAAAAUGUCUAAAUAAAAAUUUUUCUAAACACUGUGAGAUUAAUAAUGGCGACACAUCUGGUUCAGAUAAAAAUGUCCACAAGCAUUCACACGCACCCGAUUAAACUUAAUGCAUCCCAAUUAUCUUAUUUAAUUUUUCAAAUCGAUAAGUCAAAAGGCAUUAAGUAUCACGUUCGCAAUGUGCUUAUCAAAGCCCUUACGCGGAAUCGUAUCAAUCAUUUGACCUAUUUCUUGACGCACAAAGAACUUGAAAUGCAAGCACACAGUGCACAGGUGAGCGAAACCACGAGAACAGAAAGAUAUCAAGAUAUAUAUACUCAUCAGGAAAAUCCAAGGCUUUCGGUGAGUUUUGAUUUGAACUCAGGAUCGGAUACACGGUCGAGCACAAGAGCAAUGGCCGAUCAACUGAAGCUCAGUUUGCUAAUGAAAUACCUGCUGCCGUUACCUAUUGUGGAAAAUGACUAUAUACGUAACCAGGAAAGUUUAAGACGAAUCAUCUGUCAGCAAGAGGGGGAGUUUUUUCUGCAGUGUGAGCGGCCUGUUGGCAGCAGCGUGGACGGUCUGGGGGUUCCUCCGCACGUAUAUAUGCCGCCUGGAGGCGAACCGGAAGGAAUAAUUUCAGAUAUUGACACCAUGAUCGUUCAUCGUAAUCUGUAUUUAAGCAAAGAUGAGACAGAGAUGUGCCAAAUUUUUACUGUAGAACCAACGACAAACCCAAUAUAUGUUCACCUCCGUGAGACGGAGGACUAUGCAAGACUUUCCAAAAUGGACGGACACGAGUCUUCCGGGACCAGUUACAUCGAAACUGUUUCCAUGACAAAACCUGUGCAAAAGCAUCAGUAUUCGCACAGGCAAAACGUUCAGGAGCGACUCAAAAACAGAAUGACAUUUGUUGAAACAGAGGUGCUCCAAGGCCCGUCAGCUGCGGUCUACUUUCAAACCCCCAACUCCGAUCUGAACGUAGAUUUUGAUUGCGUGCCGGCCUACUUCCACGAAGAGUGGCCCGCAAGAGAGUGGGAAAUUCGGACCCGGCCGUUUGGCUGGCCGAGUGAAAAACUAAUAACCACAUGCGUGUCUAAGGGCUGCUUCCUCGUUCCUACCGGGCCAGGAGGGAGGCAGGGCCUUGAAUGGAGAUAUUCCUUCACGGCACAGGAGCGGCUUCUAGCACAAUCCAUGUCAGCAGUGCAGAGAAAGACGUAUAUCAUGUUUAAACUGAUUUAUCGUUAUUUCAUAUGCAGGGAAUUCCCCACCUCUGCCGUGAGUUCAUAUCACUUGAAGAACUUGCUUUUUUGGCGCAGUGAGAAAUUACCUCCUAAACAGUGGACCCAGAACAACAUGCCUAGCAACGUCGUCAUGCUCCUUAAUGAUUUGUUGCAAUGUGCAGUAAGCUGCUAUUUGCCGCAUUAUUUUUUACCGAAUGGCAACUUGUUUGAACGUGUUCCCAGGAAAACACUCCGUCAGUUUGCGAAAUCGGUUGUUACUGCACUGAAAAAUUUGGGAUUCGUUUUAGAAAUACUUUACAGACACCUUGACUUUAAAGAUCUCAAUGAAUUUAUAAGCCCAUUUGAAGCGACAGAAAAUUUGUUGACCAUCAGCCCUGAACCUACAUUGCAUGAAGUUCGCUACCAUUGGUUGAAUGUUUUUGCCUCUGAGUACAUUUUACUAAUUGCAAUCAAUCUCAGUCGUCUCAAAAUAUGCGAGACCGCACGCAUGUUGUUUGGACAUCCGGCCACGUCUGGGCGACAGUUCGAGAUCUCGUACCGUACAGCAAUUAAUUAUCUGACAGACUGCCUGUUGAUGGUCUUCAAUGACAUUGCUCGUUCGGUUGACAGCUCUGAUGCCAUGGUCGGAUAUCUUGCAGAAAGGAGAGUUCACACAGGCGCCGCGGCGUGGAUUAUAUCUUAUCACUGCUACAGAAGAGACCUCUCCAUAGCGCCCCUGUCUCUUUUUGAUUUAUUUUUCAAUGCACUGGGGGAAGCUAUAGGGUUCUCGAAUGAUGCCCGCACACAGGAGUGGAAACAACGCGUGGAUGCUUGGCUUGCCAACCCAUCUCUCCUGCCUGAAAUGUGCUCUUUGAAAAGUUUGUACUAUGAGGAAUUUAAAACUGCGGAUUUUUCUUUUUCUAGACUCUUUGAUGUUUUAGAAGAACAUGAAUACGACCAAGAAAAGCGCAGGGAGAUGCCGGCAGACAUUAAAGCCGCUAAAGCCGAAACUAAUCUCCGCCAGAAACGCCAAGACGACGAUGACGACGACGAUGUCGACAUCAACGAUUUACUGCAAAAUUGGAGCAUUUUUGAUGAUGAUGAUGAUGAUGACGACGACGACGAUGACAUUUUGGACACGGUGAGCAGGUCAAAGCGGUCACUGGGCGACGAAGAUGGUGAUGACGACAGCGAGGAAAUCGAUACUUUCCGUGAACGUCUAAUGAGAUCCAUAUUAUACGAUGAUGAUGACGACGAGGACGAUGAUGAUGACGACGUUGACGACGAUAUUUAGAAGUAAAGAACAUUUCAAUUAAAAAAAAGGAAACUUACCCAUCUUGGACUUGUUUAUCAUUGCCACAUAAAAACUGUAAUAUUUGAUAGGAACGUUUGUCAUUUUUCAAGAGAAAAAUAAAGUCUG